AUGGGUUUCGCGUUUUCCCUCUCUCUCGGUGCUGGGUUUUGCAUCUUCUUCGGUGCAGGAUGGGUGAUCUUGAACCACCUUCGAAAACCACCUGUGAAAACACUUGUUGAUAAUCCACCUGUGAAAACACUUGUUGACAAUCCUUUAUUGGAUUUCAUAGGCUACAAAGGUCUUGUCAAAAAGUCUGAGUUCAUUAGGAUACUCACUGAUGCACUUAUCUCGCUCGGAUUUGACGACAUUGCAGCCCUUUUAGAGGAAAGGUCUGGCAUUCCUCUGCACAGUGCUAUUGUUAAGCAGUUUCUGAAACUAGUCAAAGAUGGAGAAUGGGACAAAUGCAUUGAUGCAUUGCAGGGAUUUCAACUGCGUGAUGAAAAGCCUGUGAGCUUCUUGCUACUAGAGCAAAAAUUCUAUGAGGUUUUGAAUACAGGAAAUGUUACUGAUGCUCGCAGAAUUUUAAAGGAGAUGGUGCGUCUUCGUGUUGACACUAAUCGCGUUCAUGAGCUCGCAUCCCAACUUAUAAUAUCAGCUCCUGGUGAAGAUACAACAGAAAGUGUGAAUUCAAGGUCUGAGUUUAUGGAGAAGCUGCAAGACUUGUUUCCUCCUGGAGUUAUAAUCCCGGAAAGGAGGUUGGAGUAUCUCAUAGAGAAGAGCCUUGUAGAUCAGGUGUAUCACUGUAGUUUCCAUAAUGUUCCGGAUAGUGAUUUGUCCAUAUGCUAUGAUCAUGAUUGUGAGGAUCAUAAAAUUCCUUCGGAGACUGUACAGAUAUUGGAGGAACAUAUCGAUGAAGUCUGGUUCUUGAAAUUUUCACAUAAUGGCAGAUACUUGGCGUCUUCUUCCAAGGAUAAAUCAGCAAUAAUAUGGGAGAUCAAUGCAGAGGGGAAGUUUUCACUGAAGCAUAAACUUGAGGGCCACCAGAAUCCCGUGGUAGAAGUCUUAUGGAGUCCUGAUGAUCGACAAGUAAUUACAUGCGGAGAAAAUGAGGUUAUCAGGAGCUGGGAUGUUGAUUCAGGAGCAUUUGUUGGCUCGUAUGAAAGAAAUGGUGUUGGUUCCAUUUCUUGUGGAUGGUUUCAUGAUGGUUCAGGUAUAAUUGGUGGAAUGGCAGAUAGGCGCAUCUAUUUGUGGCAUUUAAAUGGGACCGAGAUAGAGCACGAGCAAGGCCAACGGGCACAAAAUCUUUCUGAUGUAGCCAUGACGACUGAUGGGAAGUGGCUUGUAAGCGUGGGCAAGGAGCAGCAUGAGAUCUCAUUUUUUGAUAGAGAAACUAACAGAGUUGAGGAUGUUAUUGUAGAGGAAGACAUGAUUACCUCGUUCUCGCUUUCGGAUAACAACAGCUAUCUUCUGAUCAAUCUCAUUACACAGAAGAUCAAUGUCUGGUACAUUCAAGGUGAACCAAUGAAGAUUUUGGGAUUAGAUGGCCACAAGCGUAGUCGGUUUAUUAUCAGGUCUUGCUUUGGUGGCUACGACGAAGAUUUCAUCGCCAGUGGGAGUGAGGAUUCUCAGGUAUACAUAUGGCACAGAACAGAAUGGAGGGAACCUUGUCGAGUAUUGUCAGGACACUCAGGAGCUGUGAACUGUGUGAGUUGGAACCCGACUGAUAUGCAUAUGUUGGCCUCGGCGAGCGAUGAUGGAACCAUUCGGAUUUGGGGAAUUGACAAGAAUUUGAACUGA